CCAUCAGUUUGUCUUAACUAGUUACGAUUUAGUAUUUUAAUUGAGCGUCUCUUAUUUUAAAUCUAGUAGAUUUGAAUUUAAAAUGAUUUUACCCAAAUUACAAUUGAUAAAUGUGUUGAUUAGAAAGACUCAGUUGUUGCAAGAAACAAUUGACAAAUUACUUCAGCUGUUCAUUUGUAAAGUUUUCUAGUUUUGAUUGUUUUUGGUUUUACUAAUUUUUGCCUGUUGAUUAUCUCGCUCGAAUAUUUAAUUUAGCAUCAUGGAACCAUGGAAUUAUCUUAAUGGUGAAAUUUCUUAUCACGGUGAAAGUGGUGAAAUUAGUGAGUGUCCAAAGUGUCAUGUGUAGACAAGAGAAACUUAUUGGUAAAUUAUCGGUCUUCAGUGAUUAGUGCCUUUAGUAGCCAAUUUGUUUAUCAUAAAUAGUAAUUGGUCAAAGUGGUCAAUCAGUUUGUCUUUACUAAUAUUGAUUUUAUAGUACAUGUGUUUUAAUUGAUUGUUUUUCAUUUUAAAUUAAGUUGAUUUUCAUUUUAACUAAAUAAUACAUGUGUUGAUUAGAAACACUCACAGUUGUAUCAAGAAACAAUUAGUAAGACACUUCAGCUGUUCAUUUGUAAAGUUUUCUCAUUGUGAUUAUUUUUCGCUUUUAAUGAUUUAUUGAUUAUUAAUUGUUUAUUUCUCCUUCGAAAAUUUGUUCAUUAUAAUGGAAUCAUCGAAUUAUCUUAAUGGUGAAAGUGCUAAUCGAUGUGAAAGUGGUGAAUUUAGUGAGUCCAAAGUGUCAUGUGUUGACCAGAAAAACUCAUUGACUCCCCCUGGUAAAUUAAUGGCCUUUAGUGAUCAUUGUGAUGCCGAUAGCAAGAUUAGUACAAGUGAUUGGAUUAAAGUAGAAACUGGUAAUUUAUUACCUCAGGUUGAUGUGAGCAGUUAUGAAAAUGAAAUAAAUUUGGCGAAAUCGAUUGAAGCUGCUUCGGUUGUGAGUAACGUCGCUCUAUUGAAAUUAAACUCGAAUCGAGAAUCAAUCAAGUUACUAAGAAGAUCUUUAAAAGUGCUUGGACGUAAUCUCAAGUCAACUAAGGUCAGAAAAAGUUAUGAUAGAAAAGCAAACAGUAAAUCCUCUACAGAAUCAAUAGAAGAAUUUGUUGAUCAAGAUUAUCAAGAUUAUCAAGAUUAUCAAGAUAAUCAAGAUAAUCAAUCCGCUGAUGAGAGCGAAAGUGAAACUGAAAUAAGAAAGAAAAACACACGAAAAUGUAAGACCCUCGAAAAAGAUGUUUACAGGGAGAAUCUUUAUGACCAAUACGAUCCGAAAUUCGCGAAACGAUUUCCUCUCGUCAUUAAAGGCCUUCAGGACUUUUGGUUCUAUAACGGAAUUUUUAUUCAAAAUGGGUGUUCAGUGAAAUCGCCACUACCAAGUUAUCUUGAUCCUCGAAUCUUUUCCCGUGUACAAAAUGAAGUACCUUGGCCUGAAUCGGAUCUCGAACCAUUGUUGGCCCCGUUCCUAUCUGAUAAAAUAAAGAGACGGGUUCUCAAAGGGAUGUCACAAGGAAAACUCUACAACAUUGAUUACAAGCGAUUAGGUCUAAUCUUCACUAAACGAAUGAGAAUGCAAAGUGAUCGAUGGACCAGAUGUCCAUUAUGUGUGAAAGAAUACAUUGGAAAGGCUAACGUUAUAAGACACAUGGAAACUUUGCAUUCGAAUUUCACUUGUUUCUGUGGUUCAUGUGGACGAAUCUAUUUACGAAGAGGUAUUUGUUUUUCUCACGAUUGUCCACAAAGGCGAAAGGGACCUGAUGGUCAAACCCACCAUUCUAAUCAUUAACCGAAACUCCAGCUCUCAACAGUGUGACUACUUAUUCUGACUCGAUUCUCUACAAUAAUUAACUUUGGAACAAAUUAAAUAAUUUCUUUUUUUUCAACAAAA